AUGCCUUCACUCACCCUUGCCGGUGAACAAGAGUCUGGUACGACAAAACUUAAGGGAUCUGCAACUUCCUUGUCUGGUUGCUCGCGCUCCCUUUCGCACUUCCCUGCUCCGCCAACCACGUUAUCUACUUCAGCUCUGGCUAAUUCGUCAUCGCCGCACGUUACUUUGAGGGUCUUGGCUCUUGUCAAGGGCAUCUGUCGACGCUUUGCUAAGAGGGCGCCAAGUGAAAGGACAAGGAAAGUCCAGGGAAGAAAGACGAUUGGCAAAGACUUUUGUCCAGAUCUUGAAAGUCAGGCUUACGCUGAGAUCGACAAGUACUUAGGGAAGAAAGUAGUGUACCCACAUUUGCGGAAGACGAAGAUCGACGAUCGCCGAAGCCAAGGAGUUGAAAGUAUAUUGGACUUGCUCGACAACGCUAUCCACGACCAAGGCAAUGGCCUCAUCGCGGUAGCAAAGGAUCACUCGGGCUUCCUCGAUCGCAGAACAGAGUUUAAAGUCUCGAAGCUGUCAUUGCAGGAACUCGUGGCCCUCUUCGUUGGUGUGAAGCAAUUAUUUUCGCAGCUGAGUGAACGAUCUCUGGUCAAAGGUGACGAAGUGCUUGUGCCGGACCUCGACGACUUGAGCUUGGCGAAUCUCGAGCACCUGCUUCUGUGCUUGCUGCAUGUUCUGCUUCGGGCACUAGCAAGUGAAGCUCUUGGUCAACCACAUCAGCACCUGCUAGAUUGCCAGAAAGACCGAAGCGUUCACAGCGAGGAGUGGUUCUUCGAAUAUCCUAACGCUCAGCAUCCUUUGAGCACGACUUGGCCGUGGUCGUUGAGGCCGUCUUUAGCUGUGUUGUGGGGCGUGUGUUGGAUGUUCUAUGACCGACCGGUACAUCUCGACAACGAAGGAAAUUUGCGAAACGACCUAGGUGAGGAGGUGGUACCAGCUGACAUAGUGCGACUCCAUCAAGGUCUCACACAGUUCAGGCAGACACCCGCAGCCACAGGAAACCAAACUUCGCGGCCAGAACGUCAAACUCAAAACAUGCUCGCCAUGAGUCAGCAACCGGGCCGAUCCUUGAUGCCUGACCGACCAGGCUUUCAUCACUACUCGCCACGAUCAUCGUAUCCGCAUGAUAGUACUCAAAAUCAUCACACCACACGACCGAAUCGUGACUCGACCCUGCUGCCUACUGCCGCCGCCACAUCGCGUCGCAAUCGUCAGCGGUCACAAAAUACUGACGCGAGAGGCUACAGGAGUCAGAAUACAAAUACGAUCGGCACUGCCGCAAGCAACUCGCCGGACGCCGCGUGGCUAGAUUCAGGCGCAGCAGGAAUCUGGCAGCCUGACGGUUUGCCUCAGUCCCAUAAUCCACCUUCGAGGCACUUCAUCACCAGCGCCAUCCGCCCAUACGCACACCCAGGCCAGCCAUCUCAGCAGUCACAGUCGCAGUCGUACGUCGGAUUUGGUCUGCCUCAGGACAACAAUCCAAUCUGGGAAGGCACGUCAAACUCAUAUCUCAGUCACCUGUACCCGCCAACCUCACAGGCAUUUCCCAACAUGGCUGAAGUCGCCACUCCCAUGGUCAGCGCGAGCACGCAUCAGAUCACCUCGCAUCGGGGCGACCACUCGCCACACGACCCCAAUCAACACCAAGGAAUGCACGAUCCCGCACUCAUGGGUAGGAAGCGCUCCCAUGACGAAAUGAUGAACCAGAAUAUGGAUCAAGCAGAUUCUCAUCAAAAUACUAUGCAAAUGCUGCGCAAUGAAAUGGAGUCGCAGAAUGCAGUCUAUCCCGAGCCACCAGACCAUGCCGAUUAUCCUCAGCCAGCGCUACAAGGUCGGACUUCCGAACAAGAUCGCAACGCUCAGGAUUCUGGUCAAGAUGAAGAUCAGUCAGACUCUCCUCAGCGUGCCCGUACUAUUCGUCGUGGCGAUCCGCCGAAAAAUGCCGAGGGCCAGAUGAUCUGCACGUACGCGGACGGAUGUGCUGCUGAGAUCUUCGACCGCAAGUGCGAGUGGGGCAAGCAUAUGGACAAGCACGAUCGCCCAUACAAAUGUGGGGAUCCCGACUGCGCGAAGAUGCAAGGCUUCACCUAUUCCGGCGGUCUAUUGCGCCACGAGCGCGAGGUCCACCACAAGCAUGGAGGACCAAAAGCAACAUUGAGAUGUCCAGUCGCGGAGUGCAAACGCCAUCUCGGCAAGGGUUUCACUCGUAAAGAGAACCUAAACGAGCACGUCCGUCGUGUUCACGAUGGAAAGGUACCAGAAGCACCACAACCGACCACGCUUCAGGACGAGCUCGAGAAUGCGCUUGCUGGCGCCGAGCAGGGCGCCGACCAGACGACGGACCCACAGCUUCCAACCAGCAUGCCUUUCCCGGAUCCAAGCUCAGAGCACUACCAAGUAGAGACAGCCCAAAUGGCAAAGCGCCAGCGAACCGACGAUGGCUCGGAUGACAGCUCAGAGCUUGAGCAGCUCCAGCUCCAGAACGCCCGCCUACGAGCCGAGAAUGCGGUCCAAGGCGAUCGUAUACGUGAGAUGGAGACACGUGAGGCAAUACGGGAGGCUCGUCUUGCCCAGCUGGAGCUCUUCUUCGGUGGAAUGCAGCAGCCGAUACCUGACCAGCAGGAAGACCAGGAGGGAGCAGGUGGCAAGGUGGAUGCAGGUAUGGCAUAG